AUGGAGAGGCAGACAGAAAGCUAUAAGUUAUGUUUGAGGUACUCCAGAAGAGAGUUUCGAGCAUCUGCAUUCGUAUUUUUGUACAUGCUAGAGAAGUUUAAUCCUGGUACGACAUCAAGUGUUGAAGUGGAUGAAUUAGGAAGAUUCAAGUACCUAUUCGUCACUCUGGGUCCUACCAUUGAAGGGUUUGCGGCAAUGAAGAAAGUGAUAAUUGUUGAUGCAACUUUAUUGAAGAAUGGAUUUGGUGGAUGCUUUGUAUUUGCAACAGCUCAGGAUCCGAAUCAUCACCAUUAUCCCCUUUCUUUUGGGGUAGUUGAUGGGGAAAAGAAUGAUAGUUGGAAUUGGUUCUUCACUAAACUUAAAACCCGUAUACCUGACAGAUCUGAAUUGGUGUUUGUUUUCGAUAGGAAUGUAAGCCUGAUCAAUGCAAUAAGGGAUGUGUACCCGCAAGCUAAACAUGGUUAUUGCAUUUAUCAUUUGGCCCAGAAUGUGAAAGGGAACGUUCGGAGAGAGAAAGAGUUAGUUGUAGGCAAGUUCAUGGAAGUUGCGAGGAAGUAUACAGAGGCUGAGUUUCUUGUGGCUUAUGGUCAACUGGCAGAAAGGUAUCCGGAUGCAAUUACGUAUUUAUGUAAUAGUUUGCUUGAGGAAAAAUGGGCUAGGUGCUAUUUUCAGGGAGAAAGGUACAACAUCAACACUAGUAACUGUGUAGAGUCUAUGAACAUCGUGUUUGAUGAUCCGAGGAAGUAUGCUUUAUUACCUAUGAUGGAUGCCAUCUUGGCAAAGCUAUCUGAGUGGUGUAACAAACAUAGGAAGGAGGCUGCUACAGCACCUGGAGCACAUAAACUGGUUCCCUAUGUCAAAAAUAUCUUACACGGGAGAGUUGAAAUUGCCAGUCCCUAA